AUGGGAUGUCGAGUUCUUCAAAUCUUCAAACAACGUUCCGUCAAAAAAGCCAUCUUCCUUGGCACUGUUAUAUUAACCUUCCAUAUUAUAUCGAUACUAUACAACUUGGUCGGGAGCAAUACACCUUUCUUUGAAAACCAUGAACAUGACAUACGACAUUUUCACCAACAGUGGUGUAGAAUGCAAGGAUGGCGGGUAGACUGGGAGACAGUGGUUAAACCGUGUGCUGGGAAAGUAGCCUGGGACGAACGAAAAGUAAACUCCAAAUUGAGGACUGAUGCGAGUAACAGUUUUAUUAAGAAAUGGGAGAUACAACCUGCAGGUAGAUAACGGAUACAAAUUCUGAACCUUCACUCUUGUAACAUUGGCCUCUAACGUAUUGAAAGGCAAUCUCUAUUGAAUAGAGAAGGGAAGUGAUGACGUCACAAAAACUAAAUUUGUGAUAUUAUGGGAUAGGCUAGCAUAUCCAGAAAGAACAAAAAGAAAAAGUCCACCUGGCCACAAAAGCAUUGUUUUGCUUCCACGACUCCAUAUAAAUCCUUUCUGGAUAUGCAAACCAAUUGCCAUAUUCACAAAUUUGAAUUUUUGUGACGUCACACUUCCCCUCCCUAUAAGCCCCUCAUUGAAGCCUUUGCAAGGCACGAAUAUAACAAACGUAGAGUCCCCCAAGCAAAAUUUUGAAAUAAAAGUCAGAAUUGCUAAGUAGACCAUUUGAAUGAGGAUGACGUCACUACGUGACUGCUUCUUCCAGAAUCCUUCAGAGUUUUGCUUUCUUGUGUAAAUUUAUUAAAUCCUCUGUGGGAUUUCUAAGUUAAAGAUGAACGGAAAAACGAAAUGGAUUUGCAGUUUUUCUUUCCAGUUCUUUUUCCAUCAAGUUGUGAACUUAAGCGACAAUGUUAAAGUGGUAAUGGUAAAUGCCUUUUUAUAGCGAAAGUCCUCUUAGCUGCACCAGCUACCUCCGUGCAUUCCACCCAGAUAAUUUGAAACAAAUAAUGCAAAUGUAAUAUAGCACUACAAAGAAACGCAGCAAGCAACAGUCAGCGCCAGAUGGCUAUUUUACAAUCGUCGGGAAGACCGAAACAAAUGCAAUUAGUGGUCAGGAGACUCAAACUCGGGACCGCUGGAUUGUGAGUCCUCCGCGCUGAUCAUUUGGCCACGCUGCCUUAGUCCAAAAUGUUAGAGUAACUUAGAGUUGUAUUCAGUUUAUACAAUGAAUAUUUCUUAACAGUACAGUCGAACCGCCAAUAAGAGACCACCCAAAAUACAAAGACUGGGUGGUCGCUUACAAGAAUCGAACCACAUGGGGCCUCUCCCAAGAAGAGUUCGGGGCACAUCUACUUUAAGAUGGAAUAUGUGUAGUUCCAUGUUGUCACUAGAGUUCUUCGUAUCGUCUUAGUAGCAUAGUGCACAUAACGAACAUAGAGAUGAGAGAAUGCUUCAAGUGGUAGCAUUACAAGAGGUUAAAAACCAUGCAGAAUCUUUAACCCUCAGUCCCAAAAGGUGGUCGCGGUCGCGGUCGCUUACAGGACGUGGUCGUUUACUAGAGGUUCCAACUGUAAGGCUUUGACUGGUAAAAUUUUGGUGUUUUGGACUGGCGGUCGCCUAUGGAAGGUGGUCGCUUACGUGAGGUAGUCGCACAUGGAGGUUUGACUGAUUUUCUUUUCCUGUUAGGUCACUUUAGUCGUUUCUUCAUUCAGUCUGUUACAAGUGAUGGCGUUUAUAAGAAUUUUGGUGGCGAUGCGUGGCGAGUGCACAUCAGACAAGGCCCAGCAUCCCUUGCGCCACAAGUGUGGGACUAUGACAACGGAAUGUAUGAAGUGGUAUUUUUGGUUAUGGAACCGGGUACUUACUCCGCCCAGAUCACCCUGGAUUUCACUCUUUGUGACGGCCUUCGUGAGCCGCCUGUGGACUGGUUCAUAAAAGGUUCGAAACUAAUUUAAACAAUUUUUUUAACCAAUAUUGCAUUCUAGCAGAAUUUAAGGCAGCUCAUGAAAUUGAAGACUUAACUUUCUCUCCCUGCUGGAAUUCAUUUAUUAAAUGCGGCCUGAGCUUCGCAUCGGCAUUUUGUGUGGAGAUCAGUUUGAUUUUAGCUCAGGUUGUCUAAAUAUCCAGAAAAGCUUUGAAUUCGUGACAGUGUCACUUCAACAUAAAAAAAAUAGGAGAUAAAAUUAUUACCUUAUAAGUCAAUAGCUAGAACAGUUAUAUUUUUAAUACCUCAAAACACAGGGACAGUUCAAGGAAAAUACCAACCAGAUGGAAUCCUGGGAUACAUUGGCGAAGACUACAUACUGGAACCGAUUGAAGGAAAGACGGCAAUUACGUUUUCUGUCCCGGAAACCUCGCAUAACAUACAGGGCUUUAUACCAGGUAAAAGUCUACCUUGUUAUUGGAACCGGAUCGAGGAAGAAUGUUUCAUGAGCAUGAUACCAUGAAUCUACCUAACCAUUCAGUAAAGAGGACUGUUUCAUUUUGGAACGGCGUAGCUGAACGACUCUAAUUCAGACCCCUAACCUUUUUUUACAAGCAACCUGAUGUAUAAGCUAUCAUAACGGUUUUGGCUUUGCCGCGUCGCGUCUUCCUAAAAAAGACAGAUCAGUCAAAACUCGAUUACGUCUGCUCAAAAGUUGGCCCUAAGUCGGGCCAGAAUGACGCCAUAAGAGCAUUUAUAAUUUUUUUUUAUAUUUGUGUGAAAAGAACAGUUAGUAUUUUCAUCAUGAACCUAAUUUCUUUGCUAACAUGCGAAGAACAAUGAUUUAAUCUGUUUCAAACUAUGACAUGGCUAGAUUGGUAUGUGGACAUCUCAAAACAAUUGAUGAUCAUAAUUCUUCUAUUAAUGCAGAAAAAGCCUGUGGAAUCACUUGCAACCUGCUACAAAACGGUUUUGGUAGAUGGGUCGACGGAGUGUGGUUGCCUUAUACUGGUAUGUGUUCUACUGGACGAUUUUUAAUUUUCAAAUGUAGCACCUUUAAAUGGCUUGUACUCUUCCACUGGACAAUAGUUACUCAUAAUAAUCAUACAAUUUUUAAAUGGCGUAUGUUCUAUACAAGACAUUUUUAAUUACUACGUGUACAACUAUACUAUUUUCUAUAGAGGAUAACACAACAGCAGCAGUAGAGAAUUCCUUUACGGGGGCAGAUACACUGUGGAUAUAUGGUGAUUCCGUGGCCCAGAAUUUCCUGAAAUCACUGAGAUUGCGAGGAAUUUGUAAAAAGAUUUUCAAAAAGUGCAAAGAUUCAUACAUGUGGAUAUACGAGGUAUGAAGCAACAGAGUUCGUAUUCCACACAAAUUAAUUAAAACUGAAUACUGUAAAUGAUCAAAUAGACUUCCUCCCUCGUAUAAACGCCUCUUGUCUAAUAAACGCCCCCUCUAUUAUGUUAAAGGACUUUUGAGUUUGUAUAAGACGCCCCUCUUUAAUACUGGGCCUCCUCUCUAUUAGACGUCCCGGCCUAUAAGACGUAUCAAUAAAUGGACUGGAUGCCCCCUGUGUAUAUACUGUUGUGAUGUAUUCGCCAAAGCCUAUUAGUUUUCUGAAGUUUUUUACAGUCGUAGAAUAAAGGCGUCAAGCUUUAAACGCCGCCCCCAUCUCUUAAAAGCGCUGACUUGGGAUUCUCAAAUUAAAUAGACUUUCUCGGCGUCCAUUAGAUCAUUUACGGCAUCGUCGAUAAUUUAUUAACGGCGCAAAUAACGGCUGAUCAACCAAUUGCAUUGUUUGCGUUCCUGAGGGUUAAAAGGUUUAAACUCUUGGGUUGUGGCCUUCAGACCACGUAACACAGGUUGACUGUUUCAUGCAAGUUUCACCAACCGAAAAAUAAAAUCAAGAAAGAAAAAAUGAUUGUGACAAGAAAAGUACAUGUGCAAUUUACCUGGUAUCCCUAAACAAAGAGUCGGUUUAAUAGAGGUAAUAAAGUCACUGGAUAAAAAUUCCUCUAUUGGGCCACGACCGCUCAAUGAUGUCUGGUUUGCAGUAAGUAAGGGAAAAAAAAUGGUUUUGAACACUUAUCUUCACAUAGACACAAAUGAUCUUUUCGUUUCGGGAGAAUCUGCUGAAAGAGAGAGAGGGAUGAACCAAUUUUUUUUUCUAAAUUUUAUAUCGUAAUCUUGUAUAUUUCUAUAUUUUUUCAGCUUACCAGUGUAGAAGAGGCCAAGUCAAAGUUUCGUCCAAACGAUUUCAACAAAACAGUUAUCCUUCAAUAUUUGACGAACAUUCUUGAUUCACCCGACAUGAGAAGACAAAACAGUGUGUUCUUAUUUAACCUUGGCGUUCAUUAUCCAAUAUCACUUAAUUUCACAACUUACAGAGACCUCGUGGAUAGCGUGAUAACACUGUUAAGGAGAAAGGUUGAGGUUCAACACAAUAAUAAACCCAUUGUUAUAUGGAAAACAACAACAUCCAUUGAAAAAGAAAAGACUCAUUUAAUGUUUGCAGAACUUCCGAAGAAUAAGACUCAUUGGAGAUUCCAUACACAUCAGGUAUAGCAGCAGGUAUUAUUCAUUCAAAAUAUUUCACCGUUUCUGAUUGGAUCAAAUAUCCCCCGCGGCUAAUUCUUUGGCCUUGGUGGAUACUGCAUAAUUCAUCUUGUUAUAUUCGUAGACUUUCCCUCAACUAAACAGGGACUGCCAUUGGUUGAUUCUUGGUCACAUGGCCUCGACUGAAAUCAAAUGUAGCCCGAUCGUGAUACAUUAAGCAAUGUACCGCGCUCUGAAUACAUUACAGCAGGUGAUCAAAGCACGGUGGAAUGGCGUGACAGAAGGCGGGAAAAACACUGCCAAAUUUCUUUUUCGUGAAUGAACACAACAACACAAACACGAAGGCCCAAGCUAAAAAGCAACGAUUUUUAAAGUUAUCCCAGAUAGGGAAACAGCAGCUAGUGGACGAAAAAGAUGCAGAUAAUAUAAGGAAAGUGCUUUGUAAAUCAUCCAUUCAGUAGUUUUGAGAAUUAAAUUUGUGUUGUUAUAACUACCGAGUCGACUGUUUUGGUUCGCUCCGGUUAUUCUUUUGUUGCUGUUGAAUUGAAAGUCUAGAAAAUUAAUAAAACAAAGCAUUUUUUUAAAAUACCUUUCUUUGCGAUGCUUUCAUUGUUUUUAGCUACUGUCAAUACUAUGAACCGAAUUAUUGGUUGAGACUGAGAAUGGUAUACCGCAGUAAUAAAAGAAUCAGCCAGGAAAUUAAAGGCAAUUAGAAACGAAGAACUAUUUUGAACGAAUAUUAAUUAAUUUUUAAAUUAAUAGCUGUCGUUAUUUCUCUUGUUAUUGUCAUCUUUAUCAUUAAAGUAGUUGUAAUUGUAACUGAGAAUGGUAUACCGCAGUAAUAAAAGAAUCAGCCAGGAAAUUAAAGGCAAUUAGAAACGAAGAACUAUUUUGAACGAAUAUUAAUUAAUUUUUAAAUUAAUAGCUGUCGUUAUUUCUCUUGUUAUUGUCAUCUUUAUCAUUAAAGUAGUUGUAAUUGUCGUUGUGUGAUAUGUGUGUGAUUUUUUUUAUCAUCAGAGACUGGAGUUGUUUCAUAAAUACGCGACUAACGCCAUGUGCAAAGCUGGCAUUCCUGUGUUGGACGUGUAUCCAAUGACUGCUUCGUAUCCUAAUGGCACACUAGAUCAUGUGCAUUACAAUGCAAAUGCGCAGAGAGCAGCUGAAGAUCAACUAUUAGCAUUUAUGAUGGAGGAAAUGAACAAAACUUCCAGUUGAAGAGAUCACGAGUUGACUGACGGGGAGUCUUCACAUGGGUUAUAGCAACACAUAACGUUUACAAGAAAGAAGAGGCAGUUCGUCAGUGUUCGAGCCACUAACCAAAUAAUUUACAAACGUGCGUUGGACAUGAGAUGGCAGACAGCGAUCAGACACACAGUGGCGAGGUAGUUUUACAGAUAAUCACAUACCAGAGGAAAUGCGUUACGGUGUAUCCUCCCCUCCACGUACCCAACGCAAUAAGCUUGAGUGAAAAAGGCC